AACUAGAAGCAAAAUGAUAUCUAUGUCAUGUUUUAAAGAGCUGAUUAAACUAUGUACGAACAUCCAAGCCUAAAUGGAUAUGCUUACCAUAUACACCCUAAAUUCUUUUCAUUCAUGCAUGUAUUUAGUGUUAUUAUAUCCCAGAGAACGUUAAUUUGGCAAAAAAUAUAAUUAAUUGAUACAGCAAGUACACAACUACUACAUACCUUUUAUGAAUCAUCAAACAUUAAGAAGCAGGAAAACCAUAAGUAGGAGGUAUUAUAUACCUUUGUGUCGCUUGAAUUGCACAAUAUUUAAUAGUUGAUGCUUUACAAAACAUGUUAAUCUUAUUGAUAAAUGAACAAGCUGAUAAACUAUAACUUUUCUGUGAAUUACGGUCACGCAUGAUGUCACAAUGACGUCAGAAACGAUUCGUUGUUGUAGUUUGUCAUCUUAAAAGUCCAUUUUCACAUUUAGAUAUGCAUGUAAAGCUUUGUUUAUGUCUUAGUAUAAAUAACAAGACUUUGUUGAGCAGCUUUCCUGCUUUCCAUGUAAGAAGUUAUACGCUAAGAUGGAAAUAUGCAAUAGUAGGGUCAAAUUUAAAGUUCAUACCCGCUCUUGUUGAUGUUCUUACUCAUUAGUUUAAUAAAACAGAUACUUCCAUUAUCCCCAAAAAAUGAUAAAAGACAAUUCUAAAAUGACAUUUUACACACAAUUCAUUGAGCAAACCGAACAAAACCGACCUUUAAAAACUCAUGGUCUUUGAAAGGUUCAACAUUUCCUUGAAUCUUAUCUUUCUUUAUAUCAAGGUUGUGUUUUGGUGACCAGUUUUCUUUGUUGAAUAUUGUAGUAAGUUUUGAAUGAAGAAAUCAGUAGUGUCUUUUUCAUGGUGUUAGGGAUUGUUUGCAAUUGACUUAUUACAGUUCGACAUAAAUGCAGUCCAUUAUGUGUUGUAAUGUUUCAACGAGUAAUUCGAAUCAUCCAUAAUUUUAUAUUUCUUGCGGCAUUUACUUAUUUGUAAUGCAUAUUAACGUUUUAUUUUUUGAAAAACAAAUGAUUGUAAAUUUAUUGCAGACUCUGUCAUGCUGAAAUGAACUCAGUGUUAUCAUUCAAAGUGUAUUCUGGGAUUAAUAUAUUGAAAAAUGGAUGGAUAGAUAAAUAAAUAUAGACUUUUUUCGUUUAUAAUUGUGUACACAAAUCAGAACACUGGCUUCUCGUUUAAAUUGUAUUUCGUUAUUUUUCAUGUCGGGGCCUUUUAUAACUUGUUUUGUCGUGUGGGUUUUGCUCAGUGUUGAAAGCCACUACGGUGACCAAUUAUCGCAUACAUUUUAUAGACACUUGGCUUUCAAAUAUAUGGCUUUGAGCGUUCCUGAUGAAGGUAAACCCAGCAAAUGCGUCUGACGCACAAAAUCUAUAUAGAGUUGUUUUUAUUUUUUAUCGUCGUCAGUUGGUCUCUUGUGGACAGUUGUCUCAUUGGCAACCAUACCACAUUUCAUAAUGUUGAAAAUGAAUAUACCGUACCUUUUAUAUCAUUUAAUUCAACCAUUACAUAAAUAUGUAUCGUCACUGGUUUUUCUCCAGUAUGCACACUUCUUUGUAGUGUUGCCUAAGGUACCCACUAAAUACUACUAUUAAUAUUUGUAUCAAAUUUUCUGCCAGAACUAAAAAAAGAACUUAGAGGACUGGGUAUUGAACAUGUCAGUGAACUACAAGACCUAUUGCACGAAAGUUUCCAGAAGUGUUUUUGGAACAGGGUAUAUUUGGUGGGUCCAUAUUCAGUCGGAAAAAGCUGCUUAGCGAAAAUUCUUGUUGGAGAAAAGGUGCCAAUAACAAGGCAAUCUACUGAUGGUAUAUGGAUAUACAAGGGAAGAGCUGGAAUGGACGUUGACAAGAAAGAAUGGGUAUAUUUUCCAAAAGGUAACGCAAUCACAGAAGUACUGACAAACAUGCUAAUUUCGAUUUCCACCGGUGAAGCAAAGAGUUCCGUAAGAGAGGAAAUCGUGUACAAUAGUCCUUUAGAUGAAACUACUCUACGAGCCAGUCCCGUGUUAAGUACAGUACAUGGGCAUCGUCAAAGUUCGACAUCUCCAGUCGAAAAAUAUGAGGGCAAUCAAAAUAAAAAUGAAGGUGAUACUUUUACUACCCGAUUACAUGAAAGGGAAAACCUAGAUAAUUAUCCAAGUGAUUGUAUAUCUCUUGGCACAUAUGAAGAAGAAUAUAAUACAAUCGAAGACAAAAUGAAGGAAAAACAGCUUACAGGUGAACGACCAUCAAACACCAACACAAACCUUGCAGAGAGUGAAUGGGUAGAGAACAUUACAAACAGUAUGUCUCAAAGACAAAUUCACCGGCUGAUUGUUAAGGCAGUGGAGGAAGGUAAAUAUAAACAGAAGGUGGUACCUAUAGACAUCUGGGACUUUGGAGGUCAGAAGGACUACUACAUGACUCAUCAGCUAUUCAUCACAAGCAGAGGCAUAUUUGUAUUGAUGUUUAAUGGCUCUAUUGAUCUACACAAGCAUAUGCCCGACCUUAACUUUCUUCCAGGGCACUUUGGGAAGCCAACAAUUUCAGUUUAUCUGAUACACUGGGUCAACUCAAUUUUGACGUAUUGCAAAAGGACAGAUAAAGGUUUCCCAAGGAUUAUCUUUGUUGCUACGCAUAAAGAUGAAAAAUGGUUCGAGUGGACGCGAGAAGCUCGAAGACAUGAUCUCGAACUAAAGUUGCAAAAGUUGUUUGAAUCUCAUGCUGGUUUAAAACAUUUGGAAAUUAAACCGUUGAUAUUCGUUGACGCAACAAAUCCUGAAGACCCGGAAAUUGCAGAUCUAAGAGAAAGGCUGAUGCAAAGAGCAACUGAACAUCCCAGGUGGGGGGAAGCCAUGCCAACAAGAUGGAUUCCAUUGGAAUUACAGUUGUCACAGAAAGCAGAGGAAGGAACUAAUAUAAUUUCCCGUAAUCAACUCAGAGUCCUUAAUUCAAGAAAUAAGUCAAUGGUGUUAUCAGAGAAACAGAUUGAAACGUUUCUGAAGGUACAACAUUCCCUUGAAAAACUGCUGUACUUCGAUGUAGAAAACCUCCGUGAUUUCAUCAUUAUAUCACCAGCAUAUUUAGUUGAAGUCCUACGAUCCAUAGUAACUGAAAAACAGUUCUGGCCAAAAGGGGAGAGAUUUUCAACUAUUUUGAAAAACCUCCAGGAAUUUGGAAUGAUUGAACGAGAAGAUAUCUACUAUCUUUGGGAACAAGAGUCUUUCAAGCAUAUACUUCCGUACAAAGAAUAUAUUCUUCAGAUGCUUGUUCAUCUUGAUGUUAUACUUGCUCCAAGAGAUACUUAUAGAGACGUGAACAGUCCGUUUAAAGACGUUUCUCGCUUUCUGAUCCCCUGUAUGAUCACCAAGGGAAACGACACAAUGUUCCUAAAAACGCAAUGGCUUUCUAAAAACUCUAUCAUACUGGCUUAUACAUUUAUUGAGGAGGUUAUACCACCAGCAUUGUCAUAUCGCUUUCUUAGUUCUUUCAUUACUUCGUGGGAUAUAAAGACUUAUAAGGAAAGAAGAACAGAAAAAAAAAUGUUGUUCAAUGAUCUGGCUGUCCUCGAAGUUGAUAGUUGUCAUGACAUAGCAGUUCAGGUGAAAACCAAUAGGGUAAUUGUGUCACUUAUCCAUGCAAAUACGAAGGAAGAUAUAAUUUCAACUCUUGCGUCUUCAAUCCAGGAGUGUCUGACUGCAGCUAUAGUAAGAAUAUCCGAAUUUUAUUCAAGGUUGACCGACGACGUGGGAAUUUCAGCGAGUGUCAAUUCCGUUCUACCGUUCAAUAUCGAGUUUGGUGUAUUCUGCAAAUCAGGUAUAUGCUUUUUAAAUCACAAUGAGAUGUCUUCAUCAACUGGUGAACCAACUUGGAUUUGCAAAAAACACAAACAGCGACAUGAGACAAAAAGCCUCAAUGCUUGGUUCUCAGAAAAGGAAAAACUUGAAAUGAAGGAACCAUGUGAUGUUUGUACAAGUUCUUGCAAGGGACUUGGCAAAUUAGAAAGGGAACAGUGUCCUUUACCUCAACAUAUAAGAAGGCUUGCAGCUUUACUCCCUCUCGUUGAGUGCCGUGAAAUAGCAAUUUUGCUAGGGUUCCAAGUUGAAGAAUGGAAUGAUUUAGAGUACCGAUUCCAACACCAGCCUCCAAAUGAUCUAAAAUUCAUGGCAUUAUGGUCGUGUACAAUAAAGAACAAACAUUUCAGUUUCGAAGGUUUGAUUAAUCUUUUGGAAAAGAAAGGACGGGGUGCACAUAUACUUUGCCAGGUGUUUAGAGAUAUUCAGAUAGAUGUAUCUGAUAUGUCAGAAGAUACAUUGAACAUAAUUCCAUCAAUCAAUGCACUUAAUGAUUUGGCAAACCACAUCGGAGACAGCAUCAUGCAACUUGCUAUUGAGUUAGAGAUUGAUUUAUCUCACCUGCAACAGGUUCAAUGUGAUUUUAAAAAUAAACUGCUGGAACAGACAAGAAGAAUCUUAUUGAAAUGGAGACAAAACAAAUUCCCAAAGCCAACCGUUCUGCGACUUUUGAAAGCUCUUUGUAGGGUCGGAAAAUUUGGACCAACGUUCAAAAUAUUACAGGGUCAUUGUUGACAUAAACAAGAAAGGAUAUGUUAGAUUAGUUUUGAUUGUGUUAUAUCUGUCUGAACUUUCAUUUGUUUGUAUUCAAUAUUACUUCAUUAAAUUUCGUUCAUUCUG